GUGCAUUAUUGUAAAUGUCAGAAAUGAGCAACCAAAAAGCAAAACCAGAAUUUGUGUGCACUCUGCCAAAAAGUGCACUGGACAACCUUAUUCAGGUUAGGAAAACCUUCCAAAACACUCUCUCUGAAAAUCAACUUUUAAGAGAGGAUACAAAGACAGCCAGACAGCAAAUCAAACAGCUGAUGGCCAAAAUUUCACUGAUGCAUGCCAAGCUGGACCAGUAUGAGAUCCAAGCUGGAGAACUCACUGAUGAAUCAGUGUCAUGCAAAGUGGAAAUGAGCAGCGCCAGCAACGAAAAAGGGGAUCAGACUUGUUGUGUUUUCAUCUCAGGUCAGGAAAAGAUCAUCACCUUUGACCUUGAGAUGAACCAUCUGAAACAGCAGCUUCAGCAGAGGGACAGCGAAAUCCUGAUCCUCAAACAGGAGAAGGAAAGUCUGUCUGCUGAGCUCGCACAGCUUCAGAAACAUGAGGCCUCUCUGAAAGAAACUCUGUGGAAUGAGAAAACACACAGAGAGAAUCUGGAGCAGGAGAAGAAAGUCCUGGAGGAAGAAAAUAAGAAAGUCCUGGAGGAGCAGAAAGUGGUGAAGGACACAAAAGAAAUGCAGAAAAAACAUGGACGAGCAGACAAAAGAAUUAGAGGAGGCAAAGACAGCGACAGUAGAAAUGGUAACCCCAGAGAGAUACAUCCUCCAGAUGUAUCUGAGCACAGAUGAGAUCAACCAAAUACAGGAGACAAAGGCUGAAAUAUCACCAUGGGAGAAAACACUGAAAAUGCAGGAUAAGUUGUGUGUGAACAGACUGAUCCAGUUGGUGGUUUCACAGGCCAUAGAAAAAGUCUCCUCUAAAUACAAGCUCUUCACAGAGCGCCUCACUCCCGACUGCAUCAGCGAUCGCCUGAUUCAGAAAAUCUGGCCUGAAAUUGAAACAAUGAAACAUUUGGAUCUGUCCCCAAAACGGCUGAAAAAUCUAGACAAGGCCAUUCUCAAGGAUCUUUGCGUAGCACACAACUGCAAGGAAAAGUAUUUGAUUUUUAAUCUGAGGGAACAGCUUGAUAACUUUACUGUCCCAACCUUCACCAAACACCUGUUUGCAUUACCACGAAGAGUACUCAGUGUGUCUAAAAACAGGGAAGAGUACAAGGAAGUGGUGAAAAAUGUCAUUGAAGAUGUGGUAAUGCACACUAUGAACCAAAGAAAUAAGUCAGCAGAUCCAGAUAUAGUUGAGUUUACUAUACAGAGGCUUAACGGUAAGAUGUGGAGCAAAAUUGUGUCCAAAAACUACAGAAUGUCCUUGGAGAACAUUGAACAACUCAGCCUGACAAUAUACACUGAACUCCAAGAAACGUGGCCUCCUUCAAUACUGAGGUCAAGCAACUCAUUGGUUGACAAACUAAUCAUGGCAACCUUCAAAAAACAUGCCAAACUGAGGAGACAAAACAUCAUCU